GUUUAUGUCCCUUAAAUAGCCCUGCCCUGGGGCUGAAACUUACCUGCAAACCUACAAGGCAGGUUGGUCCGAUCUCCGUGGAGCCCAUCCAGCUAACCAAAUCACUGCAAACUGCUGCCUGAACUCUUAGCAACCAUGAGUGUGAACGCUGACGAAGAUCAGGUCCGAGCUAAGCUGGAACAGUUGAGAUGUCACUUUACGUGGAACUUGCUCAUUGAAGACACUGUACUGUCUGAUUUAGAGAACAGGGUCUUUAAUGAAAUUGAGUUCCUAGACAACAACUUCAAUGUGGGAAUACACAACCUCCUGGCCUAUGUGAAACACCUGAAUGGCCACAAUAAGGAAGCCUUGGAGAGCUUGAAAGAAGCUGAAGACUUGAUGCAGGCAGAACAUGCUGACCAGUCGGAUGCGAUAGAGCUGGUUACCUGGGGCAACUAUGCCUGGCUGUAUUACCACAUGGACAGACUGGAGGAUGCCCAGAUUUACCUGGACAAGGUAGAGAACACUUGCAAAAAACGUGCCAGCCCCUCCUGCUACUCAAUCGAAUGCCCUGAGAUGGACUGUAAGGAAGGAUGGGCCUUGCUGAAAUGUGGAGGAGAGAAUUAUGAGCGAGCAAAAGCCUGCUUUGAGAAGGCUCUGAAAGUGGACCCUGAAAACCCUGAAUUCAGUACUGGGUAUGCAAUUGUUGUCUAUCGUCUGGAUGUCAUUAACAAAACAUCACAUGUUGGGGAGGCAUUUUGUUUGGAGCCCCUAAAACGGGCCAUCAGGCUAAAUCCAAAAGAUGUGUAUGUUAAGUGUCUCCUCGCCGUAAAACUUCAGAAAAUACGACAAGAAGCUGAGGGAGAAAAGUACAUUGAAGAAGCACUGGCCAACAUGUCUUCGCAGGCCUAUGUCUAUCGAUAUGCAGCCAUGUUUUAUCGAAAAAAAGGCUCUAUAGAUAAAGCUCUUCAGCUGUUAAAAAAAGCUUUGCAGGCAACACCUUCCUCUGCCCUUGUGCAUCACCAGAUGGGGCUCUGCUACAGAUCACAAGUCUAUAAACUAAGCAAAGCUACAAAAUGGCAGCCUAGAGGACAGGAUAGAGAAAAUAUUGACAGGAUAACAAAAUUAGCCAUAUCUCAUCUUGAAUUUGCUGUGGAACAAAAGCCAACAUUUGAUAUUGCUUAUCUACACCUAGCAGAGAUGUACAUACAGGCAGGCAGCUAUAGAAAAGCUGAAGAUGCUUAUCAAAAACUUCUCCGCGUGAAAUCACUUGAAGAAGAAACUAUGCAAGAGUUGUAUUUUCGCUAUGGUCGAUUUCAGGAAUUUCAAAGGAAAUCUGAAGUCGAUGCAAUUAUCUAUUAUUUAAAAGCGAUCAAAAUAGAAAAGCCAUCAUCUGUAAGAGACAGAAGUAUCAGUUCCUUGGAGAAAGUGGUUUUAAGGAAACUUCAAAGAAACGCGGUAGACAUAGAAAGCUUGAGCAUCCUUGGGUUCACCUACAAAUUGAAAGGAGAAAUGAAUAAAGCCCUGGAGUACUAUGAGCGGGCCCUGAGGCUGGCUGCUAACUUUGAGAGCCCUGUGGGACAUGCUCCUUAGGCGCUGAAAUAUGGACCACUUGGACAUUUCCUUUGAUUUUAUGUUAUGGCGUGUUAAUAAUCUUUUCUGCUUGCUGCUUUCAGAAACAUGUAACUUUUGAACAGUCACUCAAGCCUGAUAAAAUGUGACUUGUAUUCAAAAAAGAGUGAAGUAGAAUAUUUAUGCCUUUGCGUGUGUAAGAGAGGAAGAGAGCCAUAAGCCAUCUUUCUGUUAAUGUUAUGUAACAGAAAUAACAGUUUGUUAAGUAAAUUUGUAGCAAAUAAAACACAUCACUUACAUUAAAUAAAAUGACU